AUCGCUGAUUUUGUUGACACUUACAACGAAGAGAGUCAACGCACCUUUCACACAUUUAGAGUUUUUUCCAGUUAAAUCGAGGAAAUAUUCACCAUGAUACACAAAUUGAUCUGGAUUUAUGCUUUGCUUCUUUUAAUCCACGUGAACCUGUCUAUUCAAAUCCCUAAUGAAGACCGUGGCUUUACUGGUGUGGAAACUGAUGAGGGUGUCGCUGUGACAUCGACCGCAAAAAUUGUCCUGGAAAGCAAGCUCACCCGCGUCUUCUUCCCAAUUGUGUACAUCGUUGUCUUCUGUGUGGGCCUGCCAACCAAUGCUUUGGCCAUCUGGGUCUUUCUCUUCAGGACAAAGAAGAAACACCCCUCGUCCAUCUUCAUGGUCAACCUCGCGCUGGCGGACCUGAUGUUUAUUAUCUGGACGCCCCUAAAAAUCGCCUACCAUUUUAACGGAAACAACUGGAUCUACGGAGAAGCCAUGUGCAAGGUCUUCGUGGGUUUUUUCUAUGCUAACAUGUACUGUUCUGCUGUUUUUAUCGCCUGCAUCAGCGUCCAGAGGUACUGGGCCGUAGUGCAUCCCCUUUCUCAGCGAAAAAACCAUAACAAGUUAGCCGUUGGCGUGUCUGUUUGCGUUUGGAUGGUUGUGUGGCUUAUUACCAUCCCGCUUUAUCUUUACGACCAGACUGUAAAGGUCACUAACCUUAACAUCCUCACCUGCCAUGAUGUCACACGCCCCAGCCAAUCGCUUUACCCCUCCAUCUACUUCCUGACCAUGGCGGUUGUGGGAUUUUUAGUUCCCAGCGUGGUGUGCAUAGUGUCUAACGUACAGAUGCUUCGUGCCCUCAAGACCUCCAUGGCGGAUCCAUCCAUCGCUCAGAAGCGCAGGAAGGCCAUCGUUCUCAUCAUCACAGUACUGGUGAUGUUCCUGGUGUGUUUCACGCCCAGCAACAUCAUGGUCAUGGUGCAUUACUCUCUUCUGCUUAAAGGGGUGCAGAACAACGGCUACGGAUUCUACAUCUCCACCUUGUGCGUGGCCAGCCUUAAUAGCUGCGUCGACCCGUUUAUAUAUUAUUUCAUCUCCGAUGAGUUCAGGGAGCACGUCAGAAACACGUUUUUGUGCCGUAGCGAGCGUACAGCACAGAGGAUGCGUGUCUCUUUCAGCGCUUUGAAGUACUCAAAGAAAAGCAACACGUACAGCUCGGACACCGCAAACACGCAGAGCAGCUCCUACUGAAAAAUAACAAACCAUUUUAAUGCUCAAAUGCACUGAAAAUGACCUUGCAUUAAUGAACUGUUGUGUCAGCUUGAAAUGUGAGAGAUGUUGCGUAAUAGUGAGCGACAAGAUGUCUCAUGUUUUAUGAAAUCUAACCGAGCGUUUCAGGAUCUCCAAAUCAGCCAUCUGUUUGACAACGCAGUCACUAUGAAGAUGUUGCAGUGUUGUUAUUGUGCUUGUCAUUACGUCACGUUGUACAGUUUUUCUUUUUUUGUUUGAAAACGGAUGCCUGGAAUUCUGAGUGCGAACAAACUUUUAGUAAUUUAUCGUAGGACGGGUUUUUUCACCUCCUCCUUUUGUUUUUUCUUGUUCAGUUUAGUGGAAUUUCUCAGAAACUCUCCUGUGACCUUUAUUCCAGUUAUGUAGAAAUACACUAGAUGGUGACUGAAUAACCGGCGCAAUCCUGUUUUGGAAAACCUGUUACAGAAACCAUUUUAAAUUCAUUCCUGGUUUCAUGAAUUGUAGGGUGGAUCUCUAAAAAUGGUGAAAUGUUGUAUGAAUCACUUCUUAACUUACCAAUUUUAGACUAUGUUGUACAACAAGCAUAACGUCAUUCAUGUGUGUAUCAAAUCACUAAAUAUUGAACGGGUAUCACUACUGUAUAAUUCUAAUAGGGAAUAUUUUAUUCUCUCUUGUUUUUUCACGUGGUUUCAAGGCACACCAAAUGCAGUAUGUUUGUCUUAUCAUGUUUGUUGUCAAGUUUAAUUUUAGUGCUGAGUAAUUUAUUUUAUCAAUAAAUUUGUCUUUUCAAGUCUG